AUGGCCAUAACCAGUGCGCAAGCGGACCAUGAUCCGGUCAAGGUCGCAGCCCCAAGCUCGGCGCCAUCGCCUGCAGACAGCGACACCGAGGCAGGGCGGAAAUCAUCACCACCCCCAUCGACCAACAAAACUCCCAGUCCUCCGCAGACCUCCUUUCAGGUAGACGACAAGCCGGCAAUACCACUCCCCGGCUGGAAACGAUGGUUGACUCUCUUCUCCAUCUGCGUGGCCGUGUUCCCCUCCAACUUCAACAACACAUGCAUCAUGUCUGCAGUGCCCGAGAUAUCUGCCGACUUACAGACGGACGAGGGCGUUGUGGCUGCCGCAAACGCCGGCAUGUUCGGCGCCAUGGCCCUCUGCGUCUUUGUAUGGAUGCCCCUCGGCGUCCUCCUGGGCCGGCGGACAACCGUUCUGGUGGCCAACGCCGUCGUCUGCGCCUGCUCGCUCAUCUCGGCACUCGCACCCAACGUGGUUGUUCUCACGGCUUUUUGGCUCGUCUCUGGCCUGACCACCCCGUUCAUACUGGUCGCAGGCCAGACUAUAUUGUCUGACAUCUUUGAGCCGACAACUCGAGGGUUCGCGACGGGUCUUAUACUGGGCACGUCAACGAUCGCAAAGACAAUAGGCCCUUUGAGCGGAGCUCUCAUUGUGACGGUCACUAGCUGGCGGGUCAUUUUCGGUGCCUCGGCUUUCGCGUCCUUUACGGGGCUUGUGUUGUGUUUCUUCUUUGUCCCUUGUGCGCCCGACCAUGAAUCACAAAAGCAUCCCUCAGAUAGCCAUGCCCAGCUAACAGCUCGUCGGGGGCCGCUCGAGAUUCUAUUGGUGUUCAACCCAGUUGCGGUCUUUCGGCCCAUGAAGGACCCAAGAGUCGUGCUAGUGCACCUCUCUUGCGGCCUCGCGAGCUUCAACCUAUACAGUCUGCUCUCGUCAAUUCGCAGCUCCGUCGCCCCACGCUUCAACCUCACCACCCCGGUGAGCAGCGGCCUCUUCUAUCUCGCCCCGGGCAUCGGUUUCAUGGUAGGCAACUUGGUCGGAGGCCCCCUGUCGGACUACACCGUCCGAAAGUGGAUCGUCAAACGUGGCGGCGUGCGGCUGCCCAGCGACAGGCUGCGCUCCUGCCUACCGGCCACCCUGGUACUUGCUCCCGCAGGGACGCUGGCCUUUGGAUGGAGCAUACAGGAGAGGGCCGGAGACAUGGCAUUACCGAUCGUGGCGACCUUUUUCCAGGGCAUUGGGUUGAUGGAUGCGUUCAAUGGACUGAACACUUACGCUGCAGAGGUCGAUCCCGAGUCUCGGAACGCCAUCAUUAGCUCCAAAUAUCUCUUGCAGUAUAUCUUUGCGGCCGCCGGGGUCGGGAUAUCGCCUGUGCUGCUGCAAAACGUCGGUGUUGGUUUUACGUUCACACUCGCCGCGGCAGCUUCUAUCAUCGGUGGCAUCUUGGUUGCUAUCCUUGUUGUUAGUGGGGGUGGAAAAGGGUUAGCGCUGCCAGGUAUUGGGACGAAUUCUAGCCGCACAAAGAGCGCUUCACGGUACUGA